UCCGUUACAACGUGCGUAUGCGACGCGGUGACACGGUGAUUUUUUAGCGAAUUGCUAACGGAACAUUUAGCGUUCGUCGUUAAUAACGUUAGUGCGGUUUAAGUGCGCGGUGCGGCAAGGCAACGAGCCUUUCGAGAAGGUCUCUAAUAAAAAGUUAAUAUAUUUUGUGAACCUAUCGUGCUGCGAACUAAACAAAAAAUAGUUCUAUAGCAAACAGUUAUGUUGCAUGUAGCUGCUUCAUUGCUGCCUGUUCCACCGGAAGCUGUUCGUGCUCUAUAACAAUAUUUUUCGUGACUGUGGCACAGCUUUCAAAUUCUGACAGACAUACAAGCAGGCGCGCGUGUCUUUGUAUGUGUAUGUAUGCGUGAAAGUGAAAAUGUUUAUUGUGUGAUUUUCGGGGCCAAAAAGGAAAAGUAAUAAAACCAACAGAAGUCAAUUGGAAACUUUCACGUUUAAAUAGGCAAGAUUCGUUUUAUUAUAGCCGAAGGCAUACAGGUCGCCCAGCAGCUGCUGCCAACUCGAGUGCUGUGCGUGUGUGCGCGCGUUGGCUUGUAAAAAAGCGCUGCGCUUGCUAACGGUGUAGGCGCUGUGUCGCCGCGAUAUGGACGCGUCUAAAUUCGGUCGUCUUGGGCGCCUUUGUAGCCAGAAGCGUGUGCGAUUCUCGUUUGCGUAAAAAUAAACACGCGCCAAAGCAGCGUAGAGCGCGUUAGCUGGCUGGUGUAAUGAAAUUGGGCCACUCGAGGGGCCAGCAGUGUAUAAAGUAAAAGAAAAAACGACAACAAAAGCAAAAACAAAUAAAUUUAAAUUAAAAUAUAUUUAAGAAAUUUAUAAAUAGUAACAGGUAAAGACAGCAGUGGCCAGGAAAAGUGGCAACAAAACAAAAAAAAAACAAAAACAAUCUGUCACAAAGCUAUAACUCAAAAAAAAAAAUAAUAAUUAAAGUUAUAUUAAUUUAUAGUGUGUAGCAUAGUGUAUCAAAAGGGCAACAAAAUCAAAGUCAAAAAGUCUGUACCGUUAAACAGUUUCUCAAUAGUCCGUUAAGUGUAUGAAAUCAGCAAAUAAAACACACAUACACAUACAUAAUCACAUAUGUAUAAGCAAGUGUUUACAAGCGAGUGAAUACAUAUGUAUGUAUAUCCCUCAAACAAGCAAAUUGUGGUCAAUAAAAACAACAACAACAACUACUUCCACGUUAACACAAGUGUGCGCCUUUCGGUCUCCUAAGUGUUUUGAGUGACUGCAAACAAAUAAAUAAGUGUGGAUGAAAGUGAAAAGCAGCCCAAAAAAGUGAGCAAAAAGCAAAGCGAAAAAAAGCUGAUAAGAAAGUUGCGAGCCAGCUGUCAGUCCUCUAUAAAUACAAUCUGUUCAAAGUUUGGCUCACAAGCAGAAAAACACACACACAUACAUACAUAUAUAUUGUAUACAUAUAUACACAUUCACAGUUCCACAUGUGUUUGUGUUGGCGCUCGCCCCAUUUACCGUAAUUGCUCAGCGCUAACCGAUAUUGCUGCUGAAAGCAGAACAGCAAAAGUGCUUAAACGGAGAUCAACUCAGCCUACAACUUAUUGCUGCAACAAAACCAUUAAUAUCCGUUACACAAGAAACAACAACAACAAAUAUUUACCAAAAAAAAAAUAGUUUUUUUCAUAGUAAGCCAGGCGCCGCUUCCUGGCAUUUGUCAGCGUCAAUAAAAUUCGCAUUAAAAUUUGUGUGCAACAAAGGCCAAGUAGCUAUUGUUGCUGUUGCUAGUGCCUGGUGUUUGGUGUUUAAUAGUUGGCGCGGCCACCAGCACUGACCGCAUGCAACAAUUUCAAUUUAUCACAAUUUGCGUGCGUGAGUGAGUGCUGCGGCGUGUGCGCGCCACCCAGCGAUUAGUGCAGUGACCAACUGGCCGAUUGUGGCACAAGCAGUCAGUCAAAGUGGCAAGGCAAGUGGCGCUGCUAGUGGUGCUCAACGAAAGUGAAACUAAUAACAAAUAAAUUAUAUGCAACAGAAACAAGUAAAGCAAUAACAACAACAAAAACAGUGUUGCAGUGUGUGAUUUUUGUGAACCUUGGUGCGGCACAUUUAACGGCUGAACAAACGCAAGGAUCGCCACAAGGCAGGACCUUGCACGACGGUGUAAGUGUGUGCGUGACAGCUGAAAUAUCGAGCGUAAAUGGCAAACUGAGAGGAGAAAAAAAUUAAAACAAAACAAAGCGAAAAACGGUACUUAAAGGACAAACAAGGAGUGAGGACUCGCAUGAUAAAACAAACAAGUAAAUAUAAAAACAACAACAAUAAACAUUAAGAGCGUGUCGUUUAAGUGCUUGUAAGCGCAACAACACUUGAGCGUCCGCUUGCAUAUUUACCGCUGAUUACAGCAAAAUAACAAAAAUAACAAACCAAGCGAAGCAAGGUGAAAGCAACGAAAAAUUAAAUAAAUGCGCAACAACAACAACAACAACUACAAUAAGCACUUACAAAUAUUUGGCACGAUAAUAAAAUGUUAUGGCAUUGCAGAGGUGCACGCAUACAGCAAAAGCUCAUUUAAAACAAAUGUUGCUGUCAGCAACAACAACAAUAACUGCAAUAAUAACAGUAACAAAUACAACAGUAAAUGACAUUAGUUCUGCCUGUAAGUGCUAGUGUCAGUAGUUGCCGUUAUAGCGCAAAACAAAAACACGGAAAAGAGAAUUCACGAAACAUAAAACUAAAGUGUUGCCAUACGCAGCCAAAAACAACAAAAAAAUAACAAAAUAAGUACUUACUUGAUGCCAUUGUGACUGCCCCAAUGCCGAACGUUUGAGGCAGCAAAUACAGGCACAAGUUGCUGUAUAGCAACAGCAACGCCGCAAAAACAAAAGCAUUUAUAGGUGGCAACACUGUAAUUAAGUGUAAUGCCAAGUUUUUGCUGCCACAAACAGCAUGAAAACUAUCCAAUUACAAAAGGCAAGUAUUGUAGACGCACUGCUGACAUUCGGUCGCAUCAAAAACUCUUACACAUUCUUGCCAAUUACAACAAUACCAACAACAAUACCAACAACAUAUCAACAAAACGUGUGAGCAUUGCAAGUGCAACAAAAACAAAGCGCGUAAAAGUACCGUUAAAUUAAAAAGAAUUACAAAGUAUUCGUGUACAACAACAAAAAAAAACAACAACAACUACAAAUAAACCGAAAACAGCUACGCAACACAAGAGAUUUCACAGAAACUUAUCCCGUGUUGCACGUACAUAAAUGACGGAUUGCAGACUUGUGCAACAAAAUGGCAACCCCGCAAAUUUCCCAAAUCAUUAUCAAUCAAAAAUUCCCAUUUGCAAAUGCUGCUGCUGCGCAAGCACAAUUAGCAACAACAAAAACAACAAGUACAACUGCAACAAACACAAAGCUAUGUCGCCUUCAAGAGAGUCGUCGUUGGGUGCGAAGAAAAUGUUCUUGCACUGUGUUGAAUGGCAAGCUCAACAACAACAACUACAGCAGCAGCAGCAACAACAAAAGCGACAGUACUCGCAACACGCUGCACUGGCUCCAGCUUGGUUGGAGCGAACAAUUGCUGCUGAUUUGCAUGCUACUCGCCAGCGCGUGGGGUCCAACGGGCUGCGACGAGUCACAGGACUUUCAGAAAGCGAUACCUGCCAGAGUUGUUUGGGCUGCAGUUGGCAAAAGCGUCGAUUUGCUGUGCGAUCUAACGCCUCCGACGCCGCAGGACUCCGUGAAGCUGCUGUUGUGGUUCAAGGACUCCACCGGAAUACCACUUUACAGCUUGGAUUCGCGCGGCGGAAAUAUCAAAUUAGCACCGCAUUCGGCCAUAGCUAGCGAUUUGGGUCAGCGUUUGUUCUUCUCCAUUGGCGAUAAUCUGAAGGACUCGCGCCUGCAGAUACGCGAUGUGAAGCCAACAGAUGGCGGCAUUUACCGUUGUAGAAUAGACUUUUUCAAUUCGCCAACACGCAACUUUAGAAUUAAUUUAACAUUAGUCGUUCCCCCCGAGGAGCCACGCAUUUUCGAUGCACAAGGCAAGGAGAUUGCCCAAAUGGCCGGACCAUUUCGUGAGGGCUAUGAACUUUUUUUAUGCUGUCAAGUUAAAGGAGGUCGUCCAGCGCCCAAAGUCACUUGGUGGCGCGAUGAUGUCGAGCUGAAGGGCACCAGCCACACGUCUGUGGAAGAGGGUGCCACCGUUAUGGUGAAUCAGCUGUUGAUUGGCACCACGACACGUGACUAUUUCGGCGCGAAAAUCGAGUGCCGAGCGCAGGGCACCAAACUGAUAGCGCCGGUGGUGAAGGAUGUAACGGUGCAAGUGCAUUUGAAACCGGUGCGCGUGAAAAUCCUCACAGCCAAUGACCUGCUAACUGCCGGCCAGCCUGUGCCUUUGCGCUGCGAUUCGUGGGGUUCAUAUCCGGCGGCGAAGAUUACAUGGCUAUUGGACGGCGAACCCAUACGGAAUGCGGAAGUGACUGUGCAUAGCGACAGAGAGGACUCAAAUACCACAACCAGUAUACUCAAUUUAAAGGUAACAUCGGAAAAUGAUAAUGCCGAGCUGAUGUGUCGUGCGUCGAAUCCUUGGUUCUCCGGCAGCGCCAUCGAGGACAAGCGCAUCAUUCGAGUGGCAUAUCCGCCAACAGUGUCCGUGCAUUUAGCGAACGAGGACCCGAGUCGCUUUGUUACUAAGGCUGAGGGUCAAAAUGUGACGUUCAAGUGUCGUGCGGAUGCGCGGCCUCCAGUGAGCUCGUAUGCUUGGUUCAAAAAUGGCAUGCGUAUGUCCGGCGAGAGCACCGAGAUACUGCAUCUGACUCAGUUGGCGCGCGAGAGUGCUGGAGCUUACGCUUGCGGCGCGGCCAAUACGGAGGGAGAGACGCGUAGCUCCAGCUUGACGCUGAAAGUGCAAUACUCGCCCAGAUGUCGGCCGGGCACCGAGCAAACGUCAAUCGGGGCGCUGAACAUGCACUCGGUGCAGGUAAAAUGCGAAGUGGAUGCGGAUCCGCCAGACUCGGUGAAAUUCAGUUGGACCUACAACAACACAAGAAAUGUGUCGCCGGUGCUCAAUUCGAGAAUCACUUCGAAUGGAUUGGUCAGCACCGUUACGUAUCUGCCGCAGACCGACUCGGAGCUGAUAACGCUCGCCUGCUGGGCGAGCAACUCGGUGGGACGCCAGACCAUCCCCUGCCUGGUGCAUAUACUGCCAGCAAAUCCACCGGAGGCGCCAAAGGCUUGCGAACUGCGCAACGACACCGUUCUGGAAGUAGUCUGUGUAGCCGGCAACGACGGUGGUCUCACGCAAUAUUUCCUGCUUGAAGUAAUUGGCGGCGAUCCACUUUAUGCCAACGAUGCGGGGCGUAGCUUCGCCGAUGCAAAUGUGGGCGACAAUGAGCUCUCCACCAUGAAUGAUCAGGCGACGUCAGCACCGGUACUUCGCAUGCAAGAGCCGCAACCGCAAUUUCGUCUCAACAGCUUGGAGCCAGGCCGAGAAUAUCAAUUCCUCGUGUAUGCCGUUAAUGCGAAGGGACGCAGCGAGCCGCCGGUCGUAAUCGAGCGUGUACGAGUGGCGGCACAAUUGGGACCGUACGACGAGUCCAUACUCUCCGAGGAUCCCACACCGGCGGAAACGACACACCAUUCAAGUGGCGGCCUGAGCGCCAGCGCCAGCGGUAGCGGUGUGGCGGCGGGAGCGGGCGCCAGCAUCAAUGUUCAUGGACAUGAGAAACAGCAGUCGCAGCUACUCAUACUGGCCGCCGUGGUGGCGAUAGGUGCCGUCAUUGUAACGUCAAUUAUCGUCGCGGGUAUUGUGGUCGUCUGCAGGCAUCGACCGCGACCACCUGAACCGCAGGAUGUGCGCAAAAGUAUGCGACCCGCCCGCAGUGAUGUGCCGUCCAUGUACAUCGAGGAGGACGCGCUGAACGACGAAGAGGCGCUGGCCGGAACACGCUCCGCCGACAUACGCGCCGCACGCGUGCUGCCCUCGACGCUGGGGCCGCGCUGCAGCGCCAGCACAACGAGCAGUCAACACCAUUACAUCUCCGAGGGUUUCAUACAGUACGCACAGCCCAGCCUCAAUGGCGACUUCCUAAUACCUCUGCUUGAUUGCACCAACAAUGCCGGCAGUAGCAACAAUUUCACAGUCACAGCAAGCGAUGGCACCGGCAGCACAAGCGGCAAGAGCAAGCAGUGCUCGGGCGUUGCAGCUGUCAGCCGCUCGAAGCGUUAUCCCCCCUACCUAUUCGUGCCGUGCGGCGGCAAGGGCAACAAAAUCAUGGCGCCACUGAAUGGAAGGCAACAGAAAUUACUGAUUUAUCAGAGCUGCAGUGAUGUUUGAACCCCGACUUGAUUUUGCCACGCGGCGAAAUGGAAUUCACGACGAUGGAUCCGAUGCUAAAGUAAGCAAAUCGCCGCUGCAGAGAAGUUAAAAACUCAACAACAACAACAACAAUGUGAAACAAUGCAUUUUAAGGAAUUUCGGUUUGGUAUGUUCUAAGAUUGCAGCUCGAAUUUUUUUAUAAAACAAGUUUAGCAUAAAAUUAUUAUAGUUAAAAUAAAUUUAAGUUUUAGUCCAAUUAAGAGAGCAUAGUUAGCAUAAGUUGUGAGUAUUAUUAAGAAAAAAAAUUAAAGCAAAAAUACAAAAUAGUGUCUAUAAAAUUUGUAAAUAUUUAGCAUAUGAGUACACAAAGAAAACAAGUAACUCUAGAAGUCAUUAUCGCUGAAAUAAUAUUUCGAAAUUAAAGCAAGCUAGAAAUUCGGCAAACAGAGAUUCAUAUUCGGUUUCUAAGGUUGGACGCUCGCUCAAAUAUACUUACUUUCUUCGCCAUUGUCCCCAGCCUAAGUUUGUUUAUGGCUUAAGUUGAUUUAACGAUAAUGAUUUUCGGAAAUAUGUUGCUUUGAAUUUAAGAAAAGAUAAAUAAUCUAUGAGCAUCAGACAGCCAUACACACAUUCUGGGUAUAUUUAGGUUAAUUUUUGACAAUUAUGUAAUACAACAACAGGCAAUUGGGAACAGAGUGUGGCAUGCUGGCUAUUAAUGGAGUUGUUAAGCAAUUAAAAUAUAGUUCGAAUUUCUGCUGAUGUUUGUGGAAAUUCGCAUAGAAUCUCAAAAAAUUUCAAGAAAUUUGAAUACGCACCUCAAAUGAUCUUCAUGAAGCGUUGGACAUACCAAUUGGUGCAUAUCCAGCUCACACUAAAUAUUAUCGAGCUAUGCGCUAAAUUUAUAAAGGAAAGUUUUUUAGAUAGAGGUUAUGAUAAGAACUUUAACUUAAGUUUAUAUAUUAUCAUUAAAUAGUGUUUUCCCACAGCCAAAUUAACUAAGUGCACUAAGAUUAUAAUUGAAAAACCAGCCAGCUGUCAAGAUUGCAUAAUUGCUUGUGUUCUCAUUUGGUAGUUUUUCUAGGGCCUAAAAUUCUACAGCUGUUUUCUAUUUUAUCAAUGCACACAACAAAAUUUUUAGUCUGGACAAGAACCCGCAGAGUUAAAGACAGUCAAGUAUAUAGUAUGGGCAACAACUCACAGAGUUGCUUUCCAGUUUUGACUCGAUUUCAAAUCGAUUAAGAAUUAAUGUAGUGAAAUCAAGUUUUUAUUUUGUUCAAUAAAAAUUCGAAAGAAAUUUAAUCGGGCAAGGGCCGGUUAAUUGAUCAAUUGACUCCUGUGCGUGGGGGCUAUAAAACUUUGUUAUACAAUAUUUGUACAUUGUAUACUUUAUAUAUUCAUACUCUUUCAGCUGGCUAGUUACAUGAGUCCUUUCGACGCUGUGAGGUUGAAUUACAAUCUAAUGCUGUUUCAUUUGAGAUCUGAGUGAUUCUGUACAAGAGCCCUAAAAGUCUUGGAGCAAUUCCAAAACGAUUACUAAAACUUCUACAAUAGCGGUUAUCUUUAUAACAAAAUUUCUAUAAUUUUUCUUUCAAAAAUAAUUUUAUGAGCUAAUAGUUAGGCGUUUAGGUUAUUAAGCAAGUAAACUAUUUGAAUUUAGUAGUGCUUUUGACUAAUUUUACGGUAAUUUUUUCUAUCAUAGUUCAUGACUUAAUAUACAAUAAGUGUUUUUUACAAUUUUUGCGGUAGUUUUUGAUGUAUGUUAAACCCCAACAGUUUACAUCUCUGUUGGGGUUUCACCUUAAAUAUACUGCAGUACAAAUAGUACUAAUUUUUCUAAUAUUCAGCAAAAUAAUAUUUGCUGCAUUAGUAAAUAAUUUACAUUACAGCCAUUAGGGGAUAGUAUACCAGGAGUAUUUUUUUUUAUUUUUUGUGAAAAUUAAAUACUAAUUUUGAAGAUGAUUUUGAUCACCUUUCUGGCACUUUGUGGAUACAAUGUCAAUGGAAAUUUUCAUCUUUUGAAGCAAACAGAUCAGACGCCCAAUUUUCGGCUUCUACGUAGGAAUCGAAAGGCUGCUCAGCCAAUAUGUGUUCCAUUGGUGAAAACAAAUGGUAAUUAGAAAAGGCCAAGUCUGGUGAGUACGACGAGUGAGAUAGCGGCUCCCAGCCAAAUACUUCGAUAUCCUGAACCGACUUUGUUUUGAGUGCAUUGCCGUCUAGGGAAAUUAAUUUGCGAUGUCUUUUGGUCCAUUCCGGUAGAUUUUCGAUCAAUGCAUGGUUCAAAGCUUUGAUCAAUUAAUGUCUGUAGCGAUUAGUAUGAACAGUUUCAUUAGGUUUUAGAAGCUCAUGAUAUAACAUACCCUUCUGAGCCAACCAAACUCUUGCCUUCUUACUGAUCACAUUUUCUUUGUUGAUUCUGAUAGAGCAAGAUCACUAUAUCUACUAUUUUUCAAAUAGAAAAAAAUUAAUGGUCGCCGCAAAACAUCACUUUUCGGUACAAAAUUUGACAAUUUCAAAUUUUUUGUUCAAUGACUGUAAGGUUAUUGAAUAUGUUUGACAGAUGUCAUGACGACCAAAGAGAAAAGAAUAAGGUUCGUUCCCAACAAAUAUUUCAUAUCAACAUCUAUGUAUCUUAACGCUCAGUUCAUACCGGUACACCUGGCAGUUUCGGCAAUAUUCUCUUUUAUGGCUACCAUUUUAAAGUAAGAGAUGUUUUGAGGUAAGAUGAAUAUCGAAUUCGAAGUUCGACAGUUUAAAUCUUCAUAUUAUUUAAACAAAGCGAGAGAGCUGAGAAACAAAAAGAUUCUUAAUUAUAAUUAAUUAUAAAAAAUUUCUGAGCGCUUUGAAGAGUAUUUUAGGAAUUGCAUUGCUUUUCCUGAAUAAUAUUCAUUUAUAAAGGCCAUUUCUCUUAAAUUUACCUAAACAUAUAUUGGCUGAAUAAUCAAAAUAUUUUUGGAAAUACCCAAAUGUAACGCUGCAUAUUUUCUAGGUAUGAGAGAAAAAUAUAAUUAUUUUAAUUCCAUUUUUGUUUCAAUAUGGUUUCACUAACAAGUAAUGGUUAAGCUUAAUUAACUACUUAUUAUUAUAUAUACAUAUAAUUAGUUAGUUGUUUCUAUAUAAGACCCCUGCCAUACAUUUUAGUUUUACUUAUGUUAUGAUAGUUCGUGAAAAAAGCAUUUCAAGCCAGAUCUUAAGAUAACAUCAAGCGAAUUCGAAUCCGGCCGCACUCUGUUUGUAAUAAAUAUUGCCAACUGUAAAUGAUUUUUAGUGAAUAACUGCAGUUCCCACUAGGCAACCAAGUACUUACACGUGUCUGCCAAAAAUGCAUUAUAUAAACUAAUUGUAAAUUUACAACUCUUACACUUGAUUUGCUGUAGGAAUAAGCCUCUUAAGCGAUAGUGCGCCCACAAUACAACUACAACUACAAAUAACGUUAGUUUCCAAAGCUAACUAAGAAAAAAAUGUGCAGAAAGCGCAUUUACAAACGAAAAAGUCACACACACAAACAUAUGUAUAUAUUCUACUUCAUCGUAACCAAAAAAAUGUUAAAAAGUAAAGUUAGCUCUGUACAAACAACAACAAAACAUAAAAACGAAAAUCAAAUGAAUAAAUUCACAGAUCAAAUAGACAAAGAGAGUAAUCAAAAUCAUUUGUAAAUUACUUCAUUUUAUAGCGAUUAGACAAAUAUAUCUAGAGCAUAUAUACAUAUAAGUACAUAAAAACAUACAUACAUACAUACAUAUACAUAUGUAUAAGUUAAGUUUGGUUAAGUUUGACUAGUGUAGCUGAUGGAAAUCAAAAGGAAUUUAAUUUAAGUUUAACAAGGUAAAUGAAAAUGUCUAAUGAAGAGCAAAAUAAACAGAGAAUACGAAGAGAAAACAUUAAAAAGAAAUAAACCAAAUACAAAUAAUAUAAAACAUUAAAAAAUAUAUAAAAAAAAUUUAAUAAGACUUAAAAAUAUAUUUAAAAUUGUCUGUAAAAUAGUAAAGUUCGAAAAUAAAUGCAAUUGCAACAACAACAAGAACAGUGUUAGUGGCAUUUAGUGUUUACUUCAAUGUAUGCUAACUAAUAGACAUAGCCAUACAUAUAUACAUACAUAACUUCAUAUACUCACACAUACACACACAUGCAAGCAAAGCUGCAGUUUAAACAAUAAAAACAAACCGUUGGAAAUUCACACAUUUUUGCUAACUGUAAUUUCUUCUCUUCAAAUGUAAACAGCAUUCAAUUAAAAAUAAUAAUAAACAUUGAAGCAUAUGCAAAUAACAGCAACAAAAACGAACGACACUCUUGUAUAAAGUUUAAAGAAAAUUAGAAAAUACUAAAACAACAAAAACAAACGACACUCUUGUAUAAAAUUUAAAGAAAAUUAGAAAAUUCUAUAACAACAAUAAAAAAAGUUGCACUGAAACGCAGCUGUUGCCAAAAGCUGCUAAAAAACUUUGAGAUUUUGUUAAAAAUAUUAAAGAAAAAAAUGCUUAAUUUAAAAUACAAAAAAUUGAAAUUAAAAAUUUAAAUACUUAUAUUUAAAAUAUAAAAAUAUUAAAACUAAAAUAUAAAAAAAGUUAAAAAAUAAAAAUUAAAAAAUAAGCAAAAUAAAAAUAUUAAAGUAUAAAAAAUUAAAAAUAGAAUAAAUAAAAAUAAAAAAUUUAAAAAUAAAAAAAUAUUAUAAAAAAAAAAUAAAACAUUAAUAACUAAAACAAAAAAUUAUAUAUAUGUUUAUACUGCAGCUGUUGAGGAACUAGUAAAUAAAAUAAAAAAGUUUAAAAAAUUUAAAUUAAGUUAAAAGUAAUUGAGAGUACACUAAAAAAUAAUUUAUGUAAAUGUAUAAAUGUUAUUAAUAAAUGAUACGAUUGAAUUUACAGCCAAGGCAAUGCAAUAGCUACAUAUAAAGCCAUAAACAAAUACACCAAUGCAUAAAUAUACAUACAUACACGCAUACACACAGAGUAAUAGAAGAUGCGAAAACAAGUGUACUGAAUAAAUAUAACACAAAAAACAAAAAUUAAUUAAAAAAAUUAAAAAAAACAUGUUAAACAAACUUAAAAAAUCGCAAAAAACGCGCAUAACGGUAAACCAAAACUCAACAACAGCAAAGUGACCAACAGAUGCAUCAAAAACCCAAACAAAAAACAUUUAAGCACACCAAAAAAACUGAACAAGAACUCUGCAUGCCGGCAUUCCUUAUAAUUUCUUCAUUCCGAUUUCGAACAAUGCAAAAUCACAUUCAUACAAAUAACGGUUAUCGCUGAAUUUUGCAUUCUGCGCAUUUUUCCAGCCUCAAUAACACACAUAUUUAUAGUAUGUAGCGCAUACCAUGCAAAAAUAACGCAAUAACGCAAUGGCAUUUUUUAGUGCUGCCAGAUUGAUGCGUUUAUUAUUCCAAUUUCAAUUUGCGCCUGCACACAAAGCUAACUGUAACACAUAACUCGCAUAUUUGCGCUGACUACAAGUGGUUUUAUUUAUUGUUUUUAAUUUUUAUUGUAAUGCACUCAAUUUGCACACGAACACGCACACAUACAGGCGAACAGUAAUUUUUUUACCGCAUUCAGUUGGUCAUUAGCUGUGUAAUUAAAAGUGCAUCAUUACUAAUGAGUGUGUUAUAAAUAAUUACCGAAAUCGCAAUUAAAAACUCACAACAAAACUGCAAACACACACACACAUACAAAUACAAAUACACACCGCCAUGCAUACACACAUAUAUGUACAUGUAUAGGCAUAUCUGAGCGUUUGCAGCGGAAAAAAGUAAAUAGUAAUGGAGGCCAGCAAAUAUUAGUCGUACGUAAUGGCGAAACUUAUAAUUAAUAAAACAUCAUGGAAAAUUAUGCACAUUUCAUGAGCAGCGUGUGUUGCAUGCGCGUGUUGCACUGGCAGGCGCACGCUUCCACACACACAGGAUCAUACAUGUUUGCGAGCAUAUAAAAAUAUAGACUUUCGAUACUGCAUAGUACAUUUGCCAAUAUUCACACACUCGCCAACACACACAUACACACACAUAACGGCAGUGACUCAUAUGUAUGUAUUUGUAAGCGCAUAUACUAAUUGAGCAUUCAUUCACACAACCAAAUAAUAAUAGUAAUAAAAGUGUAAUGAAAUUAAAUUAACAAAGACUAAGAGUAUUUGCGAGAACAAGAAAAAAACAUAAAGCAAAACAAAACAAAAGCAAAAACAAAUAAAUACAAAAAUAAUUAUAAUUAUGAAACGAAUUAAA